CCCUCACUAAUGGCGGUAAUGUCAUUGUAGGACUACUUUCCUGAAGGGCGUUAGAUUAAAUGAUUGGGUCUUUAGUGACAUCAUUAUGUUACGCGCGAAUGCACGAAAUAAUUAGAUUAAGUUAUGCCGAGAAGCCCAAUAAAUGGACGAUCAAACAACAACAACAAGAACAGGGAUUGAAAGCGUGUUAUUCGAAGCUGUUGGCUCGUGUGCUGUAGCAGGUCUAAUUCAGUGGCUGAAUCACAUGGCAAUGACUGGAGCUGGAGUAAUGAGAGGCCAUGAGCUCAAAGAGCCGCUGUUUACAUCGCACAGCUUCUCAAUACAACCAACCAUGAGAUCAAAUUGUGGAUAAUCAGUUUCCACCACGAUCACCUUGGAUCUAUCCAUCUCUCAUAUACGGCUAUCAUGGGAUGCCUCUUCCGAAGUGAGGAGAUGUGUCUGGUCCAGCUCUUUCUCCAGGCAGGUUCAGCUUACAACUGCGUCAGUGAGCUUGGGGAGCUGGGCUUAGUUGAAUUCAGAGACCUGAACCCGAAUGUGAACGCCUUUCAAAGGAAGUUUGUUUCAGAAGUGAGAAGAUGCGAGGAGCUGGAGAAAACCUUCAAGUAUCUGGAGCAAGAGAUCAGCCGUUCUCUCUGUCCGCCUCUGAAAGGGCCUUUACCCACAGCCACACCAAUCCCAUCAGCCCCACAACCUAGAGAGCUGCUCUCCAUUGAGGAGGAGAGCGAGAGACUGGCCAGAGAACUCAGAGAGGUAUCAAGGAACAGGGACAGUCUACGUAACCAGCUGACCCAGCUCAGUCAGUACAGAGGGGUCCUGAAGCAAAGCAUUUUACUACCAACCUCACAGGUUCCACCUUCAACUCUUGAGACCACAGCACUAAUGGAUAGCAGGCAAGAUAUGCGUUUGAGUUUUGUCACUGGCGUGGUCCAUCCGUGGAAGGUUCCAGCAUUCGAGAGGCUGCUGUGGAGGGCCUGUCGUGGUUACAUCAUUGUAGACUUCUGGGAGAUGGAGGAAAGACUGGAAGUGCCCGACACUGGAGAGAUGAUUCAGUGGACUGUCUUCGUGAUCUCUUUUUGGGGAGAGCAGAUUGGGCAGAAAGUGAAGAAGAUCUGUUAUUGUUUCCACACACAUACCUUUGUGUAUCCAGAGGGUUUGGAAGAGAGAGAAGGAAUACUUCAAGGGCUGGAAAGCAGGAUUGUAGACAUCAAAAUGGUGCUGUCUCAGACGGAGCAGUACAUGCAGCAGCUGCUGUCUCGCUGUGUGUGUCACAUGCCACAGUGGAAGAUACGUGUGCAGAAGUGUAAAGCUGUGCAGAUGGUGCUCAACCUCUGCAGCCCUUCAGUCACAGAGAAGUGUCUCAUCGCAGAGGCCUGGUGUCCUGUGGCCAAACUCUCCCUGCUCCAGAGCGCUCUCAUAGAAGGAACGAGAAAGAGUGGUAGCAGCGUGGACUCGUUCUACAACCGUCUUCCUGCACCCACAUCUCCACCAACACUCUUCGACACCAACACAUUCACUUCCAGCUUCCAGAUCAUUGUGGAUGCUUAUGGUGUGGCCAGCUACAGAGAGGUCAACCCUGCUGUGUACACCAUCAUUACUUUUCCCUUCCUGUUUGCGGUGAUGUUUGGAGAUGUAGGUCACGGUUUACUCAUGACUUUGGCUGCUCUGUGGAUGAUUCUGGAAGAAAGAGACCCUAAGAUGAGGAAUAACACUAAUGAGAUUUGGCGUAUGCUGUUUAGUGGGAGAUAUCUGAUCCUUCUGAUGGGGUUGUUCUCCAUCUAUACUGGGGCUGUUUAUAAUGAGUGCUUCAGUAAAGGACUCAGUCCUCUUUCUUCUGGCUGGCAUCUCAAACCCAUGAUGCAACACUACAACUGGAGUGAUGAAACUUUGAGGAGCAACCAGUACCUCACUUUGGAUCCGAACGUAACUGGAGUAUUCCAGGGACCAUAUCUGUUCGGCAUUGACCCGAUCUGGAGCCUUGCCAAUAACCACCUCACCUUCCUCAACUCCUAUAAGAUGAAGAUGUCAGUCAUCAUCGGAGUCAUCCAUAUGACUUUUGGAGUCUGCUUGUCUUUCUUCAACUACCUGUACUCGGGGGAUGUGAGCAGCAUGUUCCUGGUGUUGAUUCCUGAGCUAGUGUUCAUGCUGUGUCUUUUUGGCUACCUUGUCUUCCUGGUGGUGUUUAAAUGGAUCGCGUUUGGACCUCAGGAUUCGGACCGCGCUCCCAGCAUCCUAAUCCACUUCAUUGACAUGUUCCUGUUUUCUGAGAACUCAGACAACCCACCUCUUUAUCCAGGACAGAUGAUAGUGCAGAGAGUAUUAGUGUGCUUGGCUCUGCUGGCAGUUCCAGUGUUGUUACUGGGAAGACCACUCUUCCUGUACUUCAGGUACAGGAAUAACAGGAGAACGUUACAGGAGGAGCAGCGCCCCCUAGUCACAGACACCAGCUCUAUAAACGCUCAACUAGGAGACCUAGAGGGAGGAGGAGGAACAGAGGAUCAGGAAUUUGAUUGCACGGAGGUUUUUAUGCACCAGGCGAUCCACACCAUAGAGUACUGCCUGGGCUGCAUCUCUAACACCGCCUCGUACCUUCGACUUUGGGCCCUCAGCCUUGCACAUGCACAGCUGUCCGAGGUUCUCUGGGUUAUGGUGAUGAGAAUUUCCCUCUCUUGGCAAGGCUAUGUGGGAUCUGUUGUUCUGUCAGUCAUAUUCUCUGUCUUCGCCAUCCUCACUGUCUCUGUCCUGCUGGUAAUGGAGGGGCUGUCAGCUUUCCUGCAUGCUCUGCGUCUGCACUGGGUGGAGUUUCAGAACAAAUUCUACAGCGGAUCUGGAUACAAGUUCAAUCCUUUUUCCUUUGCAUCAAUUCAGCAUCUGGAGUAAAUAUAAACAUUCUCUGUAAAAUGUUUUAUACGUCAAGUUAAAGCUGGAUGGGUCAACCCAUGGUAGUAAAAAAUGAUUUAUUAGAGGGAUUGUUCACUCUGAAAUUCUGUCACUAACUCAUCACCGUGUUUUGAUUUUGUGGAAAACACAAUGAGAUAUUUUGAAGAGAAGGUCCUCACUGCAGCCAAUGGACAGAGCUUGAUGUCCAGCUGCCCUAUGGGUGGAGAUUAAAGGCCCAAGCACAGAGAUCUUAAUGCUGAGCAUAAUGUAUGGAUUCCAAAACAUGCACAAUACUAAUAAAGGCUUUUGUAACUUA